AUGUCGUCCGCCAGCCCCUCGGCAACCUCGGCUGCGUCGCUUGCGACUGCGGCGACACCCAGACAAGAUGCCUUCCCGCAGGCAAACAAGAAGCCCAGCGCCAUGCGGUCCAUCCUCGCCGGCGCCUUGGCGGGCGGUGUCGAGAUUGCCAUCACAUACCCUGCCGACUUCGCCAAGACCCGGACACAAUUAAACCGCAACCUCGCCGACGGCAAGAAGCUCCCCUGGCCACCGUUUGGUCCCCAGUGGUACGCCGGCUGCACGACCGCCAUCGUUGGCAACUCGGCCAAGGCCGCCAUCCGCUUCCUUUCCUUUGAGCAGUACAAGCGCCUCCUCUCCGACGCCGACGGCAAGAUCAGCGGGCCCAAGAACGUCCUGGCAGGCUUCGGUGCUGGUGUCACGGAAUCCCUCUUUGCCGUCACCCCGUCAGAAUCGAUCAAGACCACUCUCGUCGACGACCGCAAGUCGGCAAAGCCGCGGCUGCGGGGCUUCCUCCACGCAGUGCCGGUCAUCGCCCGCGAGCGCGGCAUCCGCGGCUUUUUCCAGGGUCUCGUGCCCACUGCGGCGCGGCAGAGCGCCAACAGUGCGGUCCGCUUUGGCAGCUACACGAGUCUGAAGCAACUAGCUGAGAGCUACACGGCGCCAGGGGAGAAGCUCGGCACCGUGGCUACGUUUGGCAUUGGCAGUGUGGCCGGCGCCAUCACCGUGUAUACUACGCAGCCCCUCGACACAAUCAAGACGCGUAUGCAGACACCCACGGCCAAGGAGAUAUAUGGCGGCAGCAGUCUGCGGUGUGCGGCCAUGAUCCUCAAGCAGGAAGGUGUUCUCACAUUCUGGAGCGGUGCGAUGCCCCGGCUGGCCCGAUUGGUCAUGAGCGGUGGCAUCAUCUUUACAAUGUACGAGAAGAGCAUAGAGCUGUUUAACAAGCUGGACCCGGAGGGUCGGUACAUAUAG